CCCCUCAUGACCUCUGAUGACCUCUGGAAACGUUUUUAUUAAUGUCUCUGAAAUGACAGCGGCACAAACGUUUGACACUAAUUUCCUCAGUUUGGGGAAACGAUGGAAACGUCACUGGAUUUAAAAUCCAUCCAAACAUCCAAACCACCACCAGAGUCGCUGCUGCUAGUCUGCAGGGAAGGAAAACGGAGGUUCUGCUGGUUCUGCUGGUUCUGGAGGCUGGACCCGGUUCAGCCCCUGGAUUCUGGUUUCUGAGGAAGUGUGACUGAAAGGUGUUUUUAUAGUUAUAGCUGCUUCCGGCCCCCGCUGGGCUCUGAGCUGCUGCGGAGGAGAAUCGUCUCACUUCUUCAUUUCCAGCCGACGGAGACGCAGAUCGCGCCCCCACCGGCUCACUGCCUUCCCUUCCACAGACCCGAACCUGUGUGAUACUUUCAGACCCAGAUGUCCCGCUCAGUGCUGCCCCUGCUGGUCACUCUGAGUCCGGCUCUUCUCUUCCUGCUGCUCCCUCGCGGCUCCGUGACGCAACAGGAAAUGAGGGAGAACUACAAAUAUGGCCGCCACAGCGCCGAGCUGCUGCCGCGCAGCUGCAGCUGGACAUGCAUGUUGUUCACCCUGCAGUGGCCGGGGGGUUUCUGCCAGUCCUUGUUCAAAGAGACUCAGUGCACGAUUCCUGAGAACAUCAGCAGCUGGACCAUCCACGGCCUCUGGCCUCUCCACGCCCAGUCCUGCUGCACCUGCUGGCCCAUCUUCACCUCUGACCUCCAGGAGGUGGAGGAGGAGCUGAAGGACUUCUGGCCAUCGCUGCUGAAAACCAAACCGUGUUUCCAUUUCUGGAAGGAGGAGUGGCUGAAACACGGCUCCUGCGCCGCGUGUGUUGAAGGAUUCAACUCUCCUCUCAAGUUUUUCCAGAUCUGCCUGAAGCUGCGCCGUCAGUUUGAUCUCUACAAGAUGCUGGCGGAAGCAGGAAUCACUCCGUCCUGUGAGCGACUGUACAAGGUGGCAGAGCUGCAGCAGGUCCUGCUGCCGCAUGUCGGAGACAGACAUGAGAUCCAGUGCGUCAGAGACCAGCAGGACAGGCAGGUUCUGUUCCAGGUGAAGGUCCAGUUGACCCGGAACCUGACCGUCGGCUGUAGUCACCAUGGCGACGGCGGGCUGGGCCCCGGACCCUCUCCGGGCCACCCCUGCCCUCCGGACGCUCCGCUCUUCUACCUCCCCAUCAACCACCAGGAGCCGUGGCGGCCCUGCGGCUGACCCGACCCGACCGAACCGAACCCGUCCUGCUCUGCUUUCCCUCCAGCUCGGACUCGGAACCGUUCAAAUCGAUGCUUGUUUUAGCUGUUACAUCUAAUAAAAGGCUCCAACAGUCCGGUCCAGUUUGUUCUGACACGCUUCGGUUCUGAUCCGACGGCUCACAUCCAAACCCAAUAAACCCAAAAUUCUGAUGAUUCUCCUCCAUGGUGAGAAAAUGUGGAGCAAACGGGCUUCCUGUAGGGGGCGCCACAGCCUCAGCCUCCUUAGUGCUCUCGGUCCGGUCCGGUCCAGGCAGGAUCAGGUCGAAUCGCUUCCUUCAUGAUCCUCCUAAUGACUCCGUUACCUUCAGUUGUGCUGAAAAUGCCGAAUAUAUAAAAAUAGCAAAAGUUUUACUUCGGUUAGAAAUUGUCCUCUGUCCCUUUAAGAAGCGCAGCGACGCUCCUCCAUGAUGCCGUUUAGCCACAUCCUGCUUUUAUUUAACGGCCUGAUUUUGACUUUAGCUCAUUAGUUUGAACCAUUUUCUAGUUUAGUCUCAGUUCCAGUUUUAGUCUUUUAGUGAU